UUUAGCAAGCGGUCCAUUAGGAGCGUUGCCAUGGAUACACAUGAUUCACCAAGUCACACCAACUGCAAAUUUAAUUAUUGCCAACUUCGUAAAAAAGUAGAUUUUUCUUUUGGUUUCCACUCUGAACUGAUUAAAGUUUUGUGCAAACGUCAACAUAAUUUUCAAAUGUGAACAAGUCAGGUCAGGAGUGAGUGAAAAGUUGCAUUAUGUGUCAAUUGGUUGUUAGACUAUGGUAUUAUUUUCACUACAGUUGUCUAAGUCUUCUAAACUAAUACUUUGUUCAUAACACAAAGAACGUCACUUUGACGUGUGUACCAUAAUUUAUUUACCGCCAAGGAAACAUGAUUUAUCAACUACCGAAAAAAUUAAUUGCAAUGACAAUUAUUAGAAUUGAUGCAUUUGUGUUCCUUCUUCUUCUUCCUUGUCUGGAUUGCACAUCACAAACUAUUCCUAGAGCACUUGUUAUUUCAUUUGAUGGCUUUAGAUAUAAUUACCCAAAUCUCAGCAUCACACCUACACUAGAAGAAAUAAGAAUGGAGGGAACACAUGCAGAGUUCAUGUAUAAUGUGUUUGAGACUAAAACAUUUCCUAAUCAUCAUUCAAUAGCAACAGGAUUGUACCCAGAUUUUCAUGGAGUGAUAGCAAAUUCAUUUUAUGAUCCGCAUUAUGAUAAGGUUUUAAAAUACAGUCAAGAAAUGUGGGAAUUUAGUGAUCAAAUUUUGCCCAUAUGGAUUCAUAAUGAAGAUCAUGGAAGUGAAAGGCACAGUGGUGUAUAUAUGUGGCCAGGAAGCAAUUAUAAGUAUCGAAAUAAGUACCCAACACAUGUGGAACCUUUUAAUUCUAGUACACCAUGGCAUGAACGUGUAGAUACAGUAGUAAAUUGGUUUUUGGACCCUGAUUCACCUGCAAAUUUUGUCAUGAUGUAUUUUGAAGAACCUGAUGCGCAUUCUCAUAAGUUCGGACCAGAUUCAGAAGAAGUGAAGGAACAGAUAAAAAAAAUUGAUAGGACUGUUAGUUAUUUGCGACAGUGUCUCUACCAAAAGAAUUUGACAGAUACAGUCAAUGUAAUCUUUCUUAGUGAUCAUGGUAUGGCUGCUGUUCCUCCUCAAAAUUUAAUUAAUGUAACUGAUCUUCUUAAAUCAUAUGGUGAUCACUGUAUCGUGGCUGGGACUUCUCCCGUUUUACACAUUAUUCCGAAAACAAAUAUAGAAGAGGAAGUGUACACAGCUUUGAAAAAACUAUCAGAGAGUAAUCAGUUUGCUGUGUACAGAAAAAAUGAACUCCCCCCUGAAUGGUUGUACGCUCAUAAUAGGAGGAUACCUCCAAUCAUGAUAGUAGCAAAUAAUGGCUAUGCAUUCGAUGAUAUAAGAGUAAAUGGAACAAAAAUGUAUGGUGUUCAUGGAUAUGAUAACAGAUUAACAGAUAUGCAUCCUUUCUUUAUGGCAUAUGGUCCUAACAUAAAGAAAAAUUAUACUAUUGAACCAUUCAACUCUGUUGAUUUGUUUAGCCUAUUUUGUGCUGUACUUAAUCUUCAAAUGGUGAGCACUAACGGAACUGUGGACCACGUGAAGGAAAUGCUUGUCCCUGCUGAAUUUCCUAUGUCUAGUGUAGCUAUAACAAUGGCUAGUUUGUUUAUUCUACUUAUGGGUUGCUUAGCUGCAGUAUUAAUUAAGAAUCUCUACACUCAAUAUCUUUUAAGGCGAUAUGAUUCAAGUAAUGGAUUUAGUGUUUCUAAAGAAUUUGAAAAUAUUCAUCUGCUUGACAGUGAUGAUAUGGAAUAGUUUGUUCUCAAAUUGUGGUUUUAGAUCAGUUGGUUCUCAAAUUGUGGUUUAUUAUCAAUUGAAAUUUCUAGACAGCUUCUAAGGAAUAAGAAAGUUUAUGCUAUAGAAUGUUCUCAAGUUUUAAGGAUAAACUGGAGCACAAUCAAUGUAUGUGUUUGUAUGAUGUGAAGUUUCAGGCUGUGAGCUUAUUGGAUUUUGUUGUCCAUUGAAUUUUUUUCAGUGGAACUGAGUUUACCGUUUUAAAUAAAAUGUUAAAAAUA